AUGGGUUCCACUGCAGCGGCAGCAGCAACAAAAACACCACACCACUCACAAUUGAAUUACAAGAUUGUCGAAAAAGUGGAAAACUUCGAAAAAACGCAAGCCAACCGACCGGACUUCGACCACUCCAACGCGCCGAUCGAGGUGACCAAAUCGCCCGAUCCCAACUGGCAGUACGGUGACGGCGUGAACGACAAUGGCGCGAGUCUCAGCAAACCAUACCGCGAGAUCGAUCCCUACGCCACGGACCGGGCGACGGUGAACAACUACCGUCUCCUCAUCUCGGGGGUAGCGCCGCGACCGAUCGGAUUCUUGAGCACAGUGUCGGGGGACGGCAAGACCAAGAAUCUUUCCCCCUUCAGCUACUUCCAGGUCAUUGAACAUGAUCCGCCGAUGUUCAUCGUUGGAUUCUCAUCACGACCGGGCCGCGUCAAGGACACGUACCGCAAUCUGAAAGAGACCGGAGAGUGCGUGAUCAACACAGUAUCAGAAAACAUGAUCGAGGCCGUGAACGCGUCAUCCAUCGACGCGCCCUACGGGGUGUCUGAAUGGGACGUAUCAGGUCUUCACGAAGCUCCCACGACGACGGUCAAGGCGUCGCGGGUCCAGGAAUCGGUCUUCUCAGUCGAGGGCAAGGUGGUCGAUAUCAAGGAGUUUGAGGACCACGUCCAGCCAGGCAUGAGCAUCGCUUCGUUGGUUUUGGUCAAGGCGACUAUGUUCUGGGUUCAGGAAGACGCCGUCAAUGCGGAGGGUAGUCAUAUCGAUUUGGAGAAACUUCGUCCGCUGGGCCAGUUAGGAGGCAUGUCGUAUGGGCGCGUCUCGUCGACGUUUGAGCUACCACGGAAGCGGUGGCAGGAUGAGCAGCCGAAUAGCGAGGUAUUAACUAAAUUGGAGCAAUCCAAACCGGAAUAG